CAUCACUCUGACCAAUAGGGGGCAGUGAGAAGUCAAGAAGAACCGGAAGCAGUGCUAAAAGCAAUCGCAGGCUGCCGGUACAACGUUUGGUUCCUCUUGAUAAAAGAUCGAGGAUGGUGAAGAUUUUUGUCGGCAACUUGCCCCAGGAAGCAACCGAGGAUGAAAUCAAGGCCCUCUUCACCGAGUAUGGCACAGUCACGGAAUGUGCCAUCAUCAAAAACUUCGCCUUCGUCCACAUGGAUGACCGCAGGGCCGCGGUGAAAGCUAUCAAGAACCUGCACUUCCAUAAGCUCCACGGCUCAGCCAUCAAUGUGGAGGCCAGCCACGGGAAGAACUACGGGGCGGUUAAGCUGCAUGUGGCCAAUGUAGAGCGGGGCACUGACGACGACCUGCGUGCCCUAUUUGAAGAGUACGGGAGGGUCACGGAAUGUGCCGUAAUCAAAAAUUUUGCUUUUGUGCACAUGGCCAACUCUGACGAAGCCAUGGAUGCCAUUCAGGGGAUUGACAACACUGAGUUUCAUGGCAAACGCAUCCAUGUGCAGAUUUCCAAAACCAGGCCCAGAGGUGACCAGCAAGAGGACUAUCCUCCUCCCCCCCCAGAUGGUGGUGGCUUUUGGCCCCCCCCACACUACCCAGGAGACAGGCCUGAGCCUCCCCCACCAGGCUACAUGAGAGGUCGCCCCCACAUGCCCCCAGGUUACCCUGCCCCACCUCUGCCGCCACCGCCUCCCAGGCGAGCCGCCUACCCCGAGCGCCCCUAUGAGGACGAGCGGGGCAGUUACGGCGUGGUAGAUUACUACGAAAAGUACAGAGCCCGUCCGUAUGGCUACGAAGCUCAACGCCCGGGCGGUCCGCCUCCGCCGCCGCCACCACCACCGCCGCCUCCUCCCAGCGUUGCGCGAGAUCGUCUCAUGAACCCGCCGCUCGACCCGUAUGAGCGUCGGCCUCCGCCUCCUCCCCCUCCUCCGUCGGCGUAUUAUGCCCGAGACCGCAGCCCCCACCGAAGACCGCCUAAUGGGGCCAUUCCUCCCGCCGGUAAUGGCUACUCCUACGAGCGCUCCCGUAUCCCUCCUGUUUCCCGGGUCCCACCGUACGGAGUUCCUCGGCCCAGGGACCCCUACGCAGAGCGACUGCCGCCUCCGCCACCGCCGCCGCCUGCACGCUACGCUUAUUAAGCGAGGCAGCGCCGUUUGAAGUUGAGGUGAGAAUAGUAGAAAAUGUCAAUGUCCUCCGUUCCCGCACAAUCUGAAUCUCACGUGAAAGGCGUGCGCACCAGUCGUUGACUGAGUGGCUCUUGUCCGCGGCGAAGCGACACCCGCACGACACCCUUCGAGAGCACAGCAGCUCUAAUGGAGCGAUACGUGGUGUUGUGCCAACAGCUGCAGACGCUUCACUCAUGUCAUUUGCUCUUUUUUCAGGAUCGUCGCUCGCCUACGUUGCCACUCGCCAUCAUUGGAUGUUUGUGACGCUAUCCACUUCCUGUCUGCGGCGCAGCGCGUUAAUGUUCCCCUGCAAAUCUCUCAGGAGGAACUGAAAUGGCGACGUCCACGUCUUUUUGUUUUCUUGUUUCUUUUAAUAAUUUUGGUCCAGUUUUUACAGACCUCUACCUUUCUCCCUUUUUGAUUGUCAUUGUGAUGUAGGACUUUUAAAGCGUUAACUCUUUUCACUACGUUAUAAUUUGUGACGUUAGAUAGCAGCCGGUCUUAGCCAAACUGUCACUGUAUAUAUCUAAACAUGUUGAUGUUUAAAAUAGUGCUGCACGUUUUAUUCCAGCUUGUCGAGCGCUCUCAUCGAACGAGCUGUGAAGAUUUAACACUUAAACGUUUGACCGACUGAGGACACAUAGCGCUCGCUUGUCUGUCCACCUUGUCUUCAAAUGCUAUUUGUGUAGUCUUGUGUAGUCCAAAUAAACCCAACAGGGGGAAAAAACACCAGCAAGUGUGGCCCCUUUUUAAAAAAACAAAAAAACAAGAGUUUUCUUUCUCCGAGCCGCGUUAAAAGUGACGCACAAAACUUACUGAGAAUUAAAAUCCCCCUUCAGGCUUUGUCAAAAAUGUCUGAGGCUCGCCCCACUUAGUUAACAUGUACGUAGCUGCUAACAUUCAUGCAGAGGCUUAGUCCUGCAGUCGGGGCAGGGGGUGGCAUCCAGAGGCUGAAGACCCUCAGAAGCAACAGGUAAGUCAAAGGUGUCCACAGCUGCUGUCAGGUAAAACUAUUUGUUGUUUUGACUAGGUACCUUCAGUGAUUGGAGAAACAUGACAAAUUAUGUAGACAUUUAUCUUCCUCUUGACCAAAACUAAUGUUCAAGUGAAAUGAAAUGAAAUGGCUCCCUUUAAAAAAAAAUAAAAAAUACUUGGGAUUGGGUGCUGAUUGUCUGAAGAAAUGUUGCAUUAACAACCUUGUAUUCUUACCAGCAUGAAUAAAGAUUAAAAAAAAAAAAGACUCAAAGUUUUAUUACAUGUAGAAUUGUCAGUUUUUCAUGUUUUUCCCCACUCCAUACCAAAACAUUUUAUUUCAGCCUUGUGCUAAUGAAAUUAAUGUACUACCAAAUAAAAAAAAAAACCAACAAAAAUAUUAUUGGCGUAGUGUUUCAGUCUGGCUAAAUACCGGCAGAGGGAGCUGUCGCACUUGAAAUGUAGCAAAGGUUAAAGUUCUUUACACUAAGCACCACUUCAAUGUUUGUAGCGUUUUUGCUUCCUGAGCUUUCUCAGUUAUGUGGUUGGUAUGUAUAGCGAAUUGAUUUGCUUAUGGCGUACUAGGUGAUUUCAGCAAGGAACGUAUUUCAAUUUCAUGUCAGUAACUGGUUAAUCUAUUAGUACAUAUUUCACAUGUAUGUUGACGUGUAUAUUUAAAAAAGGUCCAGUGCCAUAUUUUACAAAUCAGUGGGCUUUAGUCUUCAACGUGCUUUGUUUGUUGCCGAUUUUUGUGGUCUGCAUGGACCACGGUCUCUGGCACAGACCAGCUGGUCAUUACCACUAGGGGCGCUAAAGACACUGGUCCUUGUGGUUUAUGAAGCUGUUUUAAAAUUUUCUCCCUUUUCUGGACCUUUUUGGCAGCACUGUCAGCUGGGUAAUGUCAGAGAUCCUAAUCUUUUUUUCUCUAAAAUACACUAUUGUCAUUGAUUAUGCAGGUCCGUGGGGUAUGGACCAGCUGGUCUCUGGCACAGACCAGUGGUCGCUACCACUAGGGGCCCUAUGGUCCCUGUGUUCUGUAAAGCAUGACGCUAUUGAAAUAACGAGGAGGUGGUUGCUCAACAAGGUCUUUAUUUUAAAGAAAUGGCUAAUGUCGGCCGUAACUACGCCAGAAAGCACAACAGUGGCUUUCCUCAAAAGACGCCAACACCCCACCUCUGGUGCGAAACUCGUCAAAACAGACGACACAAAAAAAAUCACAGUUAUAACCGGGUCACCACAAUAUUUUCUCUCUUGGCAGCACUGUUAGCACUGGAUUUAAAGAGUUUAUAUAGUCCUUUUUUUUCCAAAAUACACCAUAUAAUUGCCACACUGGUACCAAAGCUGGUUCAAUGACCAUGGUGUUACUAUCCUUGAUUGGCCAGCAAACUUGCCUGACCGGAAACUCAGGGAGAAUCUACGGGUUCGUCAAAAGGAAGAUGAGCAAUACCAGAUAAAGCAGAUCGCUAUCAAAGCCAUCUGGGCUUCCAUGACACCUGAUCAUUGCCACAUCAAAUAAAAGGGGAUAUUUUAAACAUUUCUGUUUAUAUAAUUUUUUAGUUGAUCAUAUGCAAUAUUGUAAUAUUCUGAAUCUUAGGUUUUCAUUAUCUGUAAGCUAUUAUUAAAUUUGCAAAAAAUAAAAGCUUGAAGUCAGUGGUGUGCAGUCACAGCCAGCGAAGACUUCUCUACUGGCCUAACCAUGACCAGAAGCACUGACCAACAUUUAUUGCAUUUGUUUCAAGAAAUCAUAUAAAUUUAUUCCAGUCUAUUAUCUUUAUUUAGUAGUGUGUUUCUUGUCUGCACUGCUUCCAGUAGCGUAUGUGUAUGAUGGAUGUUUUUGUCCAAUUAGAUUUCAGCUUCUAUAUGUGUUGCCAUAUCAAUGGAAUCUCACCGGGGCCUUCAGAGUCAGGAGGGCUGGUCCAUGUCACAUACAUACUAUUAGCAGUGGGGCUGGGUAUUUAAAAACAAUUUUUUUUUAGCCAAUCAGACUUCAGAUUUGCUUCUCGAGGGGGCCACACAGUGACAUCUGCACUUUUCUGUCCUCUGAUUGGUUGAUCAGAGCAAAACUGUUUAACAAGACAAAUUACCCACACAAUGGUUGACUCAAUAGAAGGAAAUUGACAUCAAUGGGGGAUUGAAUCUGUGGUGAGUAGAUGUAUUUUACUUAACAGGCUUUAUAUUUUGGUCAUGUUACUAGAUACAUACUGAUUGUGAACUGCUUCAGAUGAUGUUUUAGUGUAGAUGUUUGGAGUUGUCUGAACCUUUAUUCAGCUAGCCGUCUGAUGAAAAAAAAUUCUGGCUAGCCCACUGAAGACCCGUGUACCAAAUGCACUGCCUGCCACUGCUUGAAAUAUUUCACUCUGUAUAACAAAUCUGUAAUAUACGUUCCAGUUUCUGAAAUUUCUGAAUAUAAUUUUUUCAUGAUAUUCACAUUUUUUCAGAUCUACCUGCAGUUCAAGAUGUGUUCGCUCUUGUUUGAUGAUGUCACUGAUACGAUGUUCGAUUACAUCCCGACGUCAGACAGCGUAUUAUUUUAUUUUAGAUUUUUGCUUGUUGAGUUGCUUGUUUUUUGGCCAACAUGGACAAAAAUACGUCAUAAU